AAAAGAACCGGCUCAAAAGAACGAUUCGUCCAAGAGCCGAACAUCACUAGUUCAGACCGGUUCAGACACGUCAACUCGCUUCCGUGUCUUCAAGAUUUCUUUUAUCGUCGACUGUUAAAGUUGGAUGUAUUAAUUCGGUUCGCACGCAUUUUGACUCGUCUUACAUGUGUUAAAUGUUGUGUCGAUAGAACCCUAAAGAAUAAUGUUAGCUGGAUUUAGAAGUGGAAGAACGGAGAGCUUGCAUAAGGACAGUUCCAGAGGCCACCAGACAACUAUGAAUCUACUUCACCCAUCGAAGAGCCUUCUUUAUUUGCUCCUAACCUUUGGACCCUUUCUAGGUGGAAUGUCGAUCCCUGUUGCAGUAAACAUUGGGGAUACUGCGAUUUUCACUUGUAAUGAGACAUGUAAUGGACAUCUCUUGUGGACAUUCCACACUAACAAUGAAAAUCUAGACGUUGUAAAAUGUGUCCAAGAGACUUGCACCAAAGGAGACAACUUUAAGAACAGAGUGAGCCUUAAGCCUGGAAAAAUGUCUCUAGCCCUGUAUCCUGUUCUGUACAAUGAUGAAGGCUGGUACAUGGUCAAAUGUGAUUCAGCGGUUGCCUGUAGAUUCCACUUAGAAGCUCUUGUACCAACUACUGUGAGCACCUCAGUCAGUAGCAAUGUCACACUACCCUGCUAUGCACGCACAGAGAAACAAAUCACUGAUGACACUGUGAACAUCCUGUGGAAAAAAGAUGACCGAAUGGUGUUACAAGUUCAAAAAGGAAUUACAACAUAUGGCUCAGGAUUUACAGGCAGGGUAUUAGUUUCACUGCACUAUUAUAAGGACGGAGAUCUUUCCCUUAACAUGGUCAGGGUCACCAUGUCAGAUAAGGGAUUGUACCGGUGCUAUCACAGAACUACAGAAGAACAGGGUUAUCCUGGUGCUGUUACUCUCAAUGUUACAGCUGAUCAAAAGUUUUAUGCAAAAAAGUUUGGGGGAAAUCUCACCCUGGACCUGUUUGGCUCUGACCAUGUAAGGGUAACUUUCACCGGUCAUGAUGCAGAUGAGACGCCUGUUUGCAGUGUGACGGGAAACAAACCUACAUGCUCAUCUGAGUACACGCACAGAGUAUCUGUCAUAAAUAACUUCCUUGUGCUGCGCGAGUUAACGUCCACUGAUACAGGCACAUUUACUGUGAAAAAUGAGAUGGAUGAAGUCAUUGGUGUCAACACUGUCACUGUGGAGGGUGUGACCCAGAGACAUCACUACAUAGCUCUGUCUGUGAUAAUUGGUUUCAUUCUCAUUUGCCUGUUCCUUUGCUGUCAGUGUUGUAGACAGUCACAAGCACAGCAGUAUCGCUGCAGUUAUAGUGCAAUACAGUCUAAUGUGAAUAUAAAUCCAGAACCGAUGAGAGAGCCUGCAUGCAUUGAAUUUUCACAAGAAGAAACCAACCCAGAGCCUGAAGUUCAUCUACACACACCUGUCGAGGAGACCAUGACUGAGCCUGUGAGGACCACUGAGAAGCAAGACAACACUGAAGAGUAUAUUACGUGUGGAAUAGGAAUUAGAGAAACAAUUUAAGAAUACUUUAAGAGAACUGAAAAAAAAAAAAAAAAAAAAUCCUCCUCAAAUGUUCUUCCGCUGCUGUAUUAUAUGCUAUGAAAAAGAUGGCAUUAGAUUUAAUUGGAUAUUCUUUGAGCAACUGCAUAACUGUGCCAGUGAACAAUAUGUUAAACUUGAAGAGAAAUUGAUUAUAUUUUUUACUUCAGGAAGGCCUGUAGCUGCAGUCUUGUUUUUGGCCAAAAAUAUAAAUUUUCCAUCAUCAAUAGUGUAGCGAUGUAUAAAGCACAGCACAGUCACUUUCAAUUCCAGUUAGCCACAGAGUGUUAAAUUAAUGUGAAGUAUUUUUAUUGUAAAUCAUAUAAUAGCCUUUUUUUCUGACAUGUUUACAUUGCUGUUAGGCAUCUUAAAUCAUUAGGCUUGGGGUGCACAACUAUUAUUCUUGUCGUAAUGAUGAUGUCAGAUGUGGCCACACUGGAAACCCACUUGCUUGACUGUGCUUAUUCUUAAUAAGCAUUAUUCUGCACUUUGAUAUAUUGCACUUUUUUAUUCUAUUUAUAAGCUUUCGAUACUAACCUUGUGGUAUAACCUUUUUUCUAUUGAAUUUGUUUUAUUAAGUAAAA